CCACGUGACUGGCCGAGUUGUGUUGUUGAGAAAUAUGAAAGCUCAUUAUCCAUAUGUCCAGAUCAAUAUAAAACGUUGCCAUGGAGACGGCUGUGAUACAAGAAUCCACGGGAUCAAGGCAAUAGGCUUUAAGCUGGUGAGAGAGCAUGGGAUCACAGUGCUGGAUGCUUCUGCCCUGUGGUAUCUGCAGAUGCUGACCUCAACAGUGGCCAUGAACCUGCCACAGUCGCCUGCACUGAGGACUGUGUUACUUGGACACACAAA